CGGCGUGAGAUGCGCACAUGUUUAAAGUUUGCGUGAUCUUUGUAUAAAACGAAACGUUCAACAGCUGUCGUAGGCAAUUCAAGCUUAUGAAACAAAACAUUAAAAUCAUUUUUCUUGUAUUUUUGUAAAAUGUUUAGUUAACAAUUAAAAUUCUAUUUCAACGUUUUUAGGUUUCUACAAUAUUUUUUGUAACCUAUGUCAGGUUAUCAUUAUGGGCCUGUGAUUAGUUAUUAUUCUAAAACCAUUUUAUGGUGUCAUCGUUGUAUGAUGUGUAAUUAAUUAUUGUUUAGUUAAAAACACUGAGUGGCAACAUCAAGUGAAAUUUGUAUAUCAGUGCAAAGACUCAUACAUUCAAAAUGUCUAAAGUAUCCCUAAACAAUGUGCCAUCAAACCCUCGUAUUAACCGCCUCAGAACAUUUUCCAGGACAGAAAGUGAGACAUCAUGUGAGGAAGCGGCGCGGCUGACCGCAGAAGGAGCGGGCGAGGCUGACGAUGACGAGGCGUUUGACUACGGCGCGCUACCACCGCCUCCUGACGGCGGAUACGGCUGGGUGGUCGUCUUCGCGUCUUUUAUGUGCAACCUGGUGGUUGACGGUAUCGCGUACACGUUUGGCAUAUUCCUACCCGAGCUCGUCACAUACUUCGGCGAGGGUAAAGGAACUGUUGCAUGGGUCGGCAGUUUGCUGUCAGGAGUGUACUUAGCUGCAGGUCCAAUAGUAUCAGCACUAUGCAACAAGUAUGGGUGUCGUGCGGUAUGCGUCGCUGGCUCCCUGGUCGCGACCGUCGCCUUCGCGCUAUCUACGCUAAGCAAGAGCGUCACCAUGAUGAUGAUCACUUAUGGAGUACUCGGAGGCAUCGGCUUCGGUAUGAUCUACCUGCCGUCGGUAGUGGCCGUGGGUUACUACUUCGAGACUCGACGCUCGUUGGCCACCGGUAUCGCGGUGUGCGGAUCCGGUGUAGGCACGUUCAGCUUUGCGCCACUCGCCAGCAUCCUGUUGCAGCAGUUCGGCUCCUGGCAGAAUGCAAACCUUCUUCUUGCCGGACUUAUUCUCAACUGUGCAGUAUUCGGUGCGCUUAUGCGACCGUUGGUGUAUCCGAAGACAUCAGGCCAAAAGCCUUUACUGCAACGAAUGGCCGAAGAGAAAAGACUGCAAAUGGAACGUGGCUCCAUUGGAGGUUCAUACUUCGUGGUACAAUUACCUGAUGGUACCAUGGAGAAACGAUUAAAGGCACCGCUGAACAUCGACCCUGGCGUGCACUCAUCUUUGAACCUGGAGGCACUGGCCCGCGUGCCCACCGUGCCCAACAUGCCGGGUGUGCCAACUGUGCCUACGUUGCCCACUAUCACCGAAGCCAGGGUCGUGGACGUCGAUAUCGCAGAAAAGAAAAAGAACGAAAAUGGGUCUGCUGUGGGCGUGGGUGUGGGCGUGGGUCAGGCGAUGGCACGCAACGUGUCUUCGCCCGCGUUCAGCGCGCAAGCCCCCGGCCUGCCUAAGAACGGCUCAGUUCCGUUCUUCGACCGGCAGCGCAAGCAGAGCACCGGCGACAGGUCAGAUAGCGAUAGAUUCAAACCGUCCCUCGCUGCUAUCAAAGCCACUUCGAAGACUUCGAUGGCCAGCCAUAGAAAUAUGAAUGAUGGUGACACAGAGAGUCAAGUAUACAACUCGAAGCUGUCAGUGGCCGCGGUGAAGGAACCAUCCAGAAUGGUGCGUCCGAUGUCCCGCAAGGACAUCUUCUACUCGGGUUCUGUACUCAACCUGCCGCAGUACCAGAGCCAGAAGUCGCUGCAGGGCUACAGGAACUCAGUCCUCAGCUUGCCGCAGAGCAGGCAGACUGGAGACCUCGAGAGACAGGAACAGUACGACCUAUGUCCUUGUCUGACACUACCGGAGUCAUUCAAGUCUGCGCUCGCGUCGAUGUUGGACGUGAGCUUGCUGCGCGACCCCGCCUUCAUGCUCAUCGGCGUCUCCAACGUCUUCGGCAUGGCGGGACUCUACGUGCCUUUUGUCUACAUCGUCGAUGCAGCAUGUCUUAAUGGUGUGGAGCCAUCGCAGGCGUCUUUCCUCUUAUCAAUAAUCGGUAUUACGAACACGAUUGGUCGUAUCGCGUGCGGAGCUGUCGCCGAUCUGCCGCGAGUCGACGCUUUACUUCUCAACAACAUCUGCCUUGUUAUUGCCACGAUAUCAGUUGCAUUGACGCCGUUCUGUUCAACAUACGGCACUUAUGUAGCUGUAGCUAUCGCAUUCGGUAUCGCCAUUUCGGGUUACAUAUCUCUGACUUCGAUUAUCCUGGUGGAUCUUCUGGGACUGGACAAGCUGACGAACGCGUUCGGACUUCUCAUACUGUUCCGUGGUGCGGCCGCUAUAAUUGGAUCCCCGUUGGCCGGCGCUGUGUACGAUGCUACACGGAACUACGAUGCUUCAUUUUACAUGGCUGCGGCUUUCUUCCUCGCAGCUACUCUCACUUCUUUUGCUGCUCCUUUAUUCAGAAGAAAACAAGAAGAAAUCCAACAACCAUUAGACGUACUGACACCGAUCGACGAAGACCUUGAAGAAGGCGAGGAUGAGGACCCGGAUGACACUCCCAUCACGAUGGGCGCACACAUCGGCCGCGCGCCCGCCAUCACGCGCACCGCCGCCUCGCCCUCAGACCCGCCCAGCCCCACCAGCCCCACCAGCCCUACCAGCCCCACCAGCACCAACAGCCCCAGCGAGCGCACGCAGCGCGAAAGUGUACUCUAACACCCUUACAUAAAGCUCAAAAUACAGUGCAGUGAAUACUAAAAUAUCAAGUGAAAGUGACGUCUAAUACCAAAGUACAGUGACUUCUAAAUAUUAUCAACUAGAACAGGCAGUGUGAAAGUGUGCUUUAAUACCAACUAUUAAGGACCAAAGUACUUUGCAGUGACUACUAAAUAUUAUGAGAACACGAAGCGUAAAAGUGUGCUCUAAGUCUAUCACAAAAAGAUCAAUAUACCAUGCAGUGAUAACUAAAUAAUAUCAAGAAGAACGCACAGUCCAAAACUAUACUUUAACACCAAUGAAUAAAGACAGAUAUUGAGUGCAGUGACUAAUGAGCAAUAUCAAGAAGCAAACUUGCUUGCUUGAAGUGUGCUUUAUUACUUAAGUAUAAAGUCCAAAUUGCCGUGUACUGAAUGAAUAGAUUCAAUCCGUGUUAAGGAGUAAACUACCGUCCUGUAUAUCAUAAACCGCCAGACCUGGAAAUUAAAUUUGGUAUAAUACCAUACAAAGUUCUUGUAUGGUUUAAAAUAUUGAAAAAAAUAAGUUUACACGAAGUUAAACUUACUACAAAGUUUGCAAUAAAGUAGAUAAUUUAUAUUCGCUUUAUUUUAAACAUUCACAUCCAAAGAAGAUAUAGACAUAAUAUAUAAAUAAUAAAAUAACGCUCUAAAGCUUAUAUGUAAAUAAAAACAAUUUUGAAUUUAAUUAAUUUGAGUUCACCGUGUGCUCCGCGAAAAUAGUAUUUAACUGUUUGAUCUUAAAGUUCAAAAUGCUUUGUGACAUUGCUAUUAUGGUUUUAAAGCAAAUAAAUAAUUUGUUAGUUUAUUAUAAAAUGACCAAAAUAUUACAAAAAAAAACUGUAUUAUGAUCGAAACUGUAAAUAUGUAAACAUUUAAAAAUAGAACAGAACUUCUAAAAAUGUUUUAACUCUAUGGACAAACUGCAGUGCAAAAAAUAUUGGGCAUUUUAUUAAAUGCCAAAAAGGCAACGACUACCAUAUCUUUUGGUCUCGAAGUUACGAACAAGAAAUUUACUCAUAAGAAUUUAAAUGCUCAAUUUGUCUGUUUGUAUAAUGUAAAGAUAUUUCGUGAAUUCUAGACUGACGGUUCCAUAAGUACAAUGUUUUGACACUUAUUUCAUAAGUUAAAUACUGCUUUUUUUCAUUGGCCUUUGAUGUUUUAGUAAUAAGUAAUCCCCCAUUACUUUAUUCUGUGGACAGACAACUAAAAAAAAAACAAUUUGAUGAUAAAAAAAGUUGUUGCAGUAAAAAAGUCGUAUCGGUAUUUUCUAAGAUUAUCCAGAACAAAGAAAUACUUUUUUUGGUAUAUUAUUAUUAAAGAAUUACGUACACUGAAGUUGCGUGUAUAUAAAGUUAUGUUUGUACAUAACAAUAUUUAUUUCACUUUAUGUAUGAAGUUGAAAGUUAAAUUAGUUACUGUUUCUUGUAUAUCUUAUGUAUUAAAACAUCAUUGGUUAAUGUGUACAAAAUAAACUUUACCUUAACUGGCUAAGAUUAAGUAGUUGCUUAACUUUUAACCCUCUUACGUGUGAAUUAAUCAAUAGAGCUUGUUUCACUAAAACUUAUGUAAAUAUGUAUAUUUUAACAAUUGUUACCAUUUCAAAGCAUUUUAGUGUCGCAAUAAAAAAAUAAUACUCAAUCUUUAAGAUUCUUAAAAAGUUAAUAAAAAAAUUAAUGGAGUCCAUUAAUUAUUAAAAAUUAUUGGCAAGUAUUAAAAAUGUAUUAAUGACAAGUAUUUGUGCGAACUAUAGAAUUUUUAGUACUUAAUGUGGUGUAAAAAUAUAUAAAAAGCAAUCUUUUAAUUAUAAGUUUUCAUGUUUCUAUUAACACUUCAUAUGACGAGGAAAUAUUAAAAAGUAAACAGCAAUGAAUUCGUGAAAUUAUUUAAUACAAUAAAAAAAUAGUCGACCUAGUCAGAUUAUGAAUUGACAAUGUUCGCAACCGUACAGCGACAUAGAAUAGGCUAACAUAUUCUAAAAUUUGUCACCUAUUUAGUAUUAAAAUCUAAAAUGAUACUACUUUGGACCGAAAGCCUUCAAUUAGAAGGUGAAUGUUACUAUGUAAAAAUAUCAGGUAGUUUUUGAAACAGGCCUAACUUAUGUACUGGUCUGUAAAGUAAAUAAUGAUUAACUUAUUUACUUUAUCUUAUUGAUUCGUUACAAUUAUAAAGUUCUGCUAAAUUUAUCAUUUCAUUUGGCUAUGAAAAUAUAUUAUUCAUUUCAUUUUAUGGUGUUACCAUAAUAUUAUGCACAUAUUUUAAAAUAUUAAUUUAUGAAUUGUUUUUUUUUUAAUUAUCUUUUUUGCCAUUGACUGGCAAAUAUCUUGUAUGUAAAAAUCGAAGAUGUGCCAUUUUUUAUGAACAACUCUACGAUGUAAAUAAUAAUGAUAUAUAAAGCAAAUGGCAACACAGAGUCAAUUCCUUGUGCGUUAACCAAAUAAUGAUUGUCAAGAAGCAGUAGGGUACUUGCCAGUGUAUCAAUAUGUAUUUUGGAGAUAAUAUAUUUUUUGUCAUAGAUUUUUAUGUCGAUAAAGCAUAAUUUAAAUUUAAGCGUGAUUAGAUAGUUAAAAAAAAAGUUAAGGUCUAAAUAUAGACAGAAAGUAUUAUGUGAUAAAGAUGCUAUAUAAACAAAUGUCAUUUAUAAAUCAGCCCAUACAUGAAUUUAUAAUGGUGAAUGUUAAUUUACGUUUGUAAGUUUUUAAGUGUAAUUUUAUGUAAAAAAAAAGAUUGUAUUGAAAAUAAUUCAUAAAAAAGUUAUUGAGUAAACGUUAACUAUUGUUAUAGCUUUAUGGAAAACCAAAAGUGUUAUGUUGUUAAGAAUGGGAUUAUUAAAAAAAAAUUGUCAUAAUUAGUGACCAUGAGCGAGCAAGGGUUAUUAUAUAAAAUCAUUUAUAUGCCAAAAUGCAGUCCAUAUAAAUAUAAAUUGCUUAUAAAAAAGUAUUUAACAUUUCCUAAGCAUUGGUUUUCACUUCGAGGACACUUUUAUAAAAUAUCUCUUUCUUUAUCGUACUACAAAGGGCAUUGAAAAAAAAGUUUUUUUAAGUGUUACGACAGACCUAAGGUAAUAUUCAUUCAGUCUCAAUUCCGAUUUAUAAUUAAUUCAAUAUUUAAUUUAAUACCGACCUAUUCGAUGUAAAGAGUUAUAUCUACAAAAAGAUCUUAUAAGAUAUGUAACUAUUUUCGUGGGAUAAGUCGAGAUAUCUUAUUUGGUUCCGUCUAUAUUUGAACUAAAUCAUUAUAAGAAAUGAAUAUCGAUUUUAUUUAAUCCUCGGUAUUUUUUAAAUAAGUUUAAAAGUGUGUUUGAAGGAAUCAUUUAAUAAUUAAUUAAUCACCGCUCGCUUGGUGCUUAAAUCAAUUUGCUGUCGGGAAUUUUUUUAAUUAUGUUAUACACAGUAUUGGCUGAAAGCAUUUCUUAUUAUAUAAUCCCUUUGCAAAAGGUUCAAAUUAAAUGUUUAUAAAUUGUUUUUAAUGAUACUAAGUUU